AUGGGGGGAAAGCAGCGUGGCGGCAAGGGGACAGCGGGCGGAGGGGAAUCAGCUGCGGCGGGGACGACGCGGAUGGUGGACGGUGCCGGGGAGAAGGGGCGCGCGGGGGGAGGCGCAGGGGAGAAUGGUCGUGGCGGGGAAGGAGUGGGGAGAACGGGGCGGGCGGCGGAGGUGGCGGAGGUGGCGGUAUCGCUGGGGGUGACGGGUCACGCGGGGCACCUCGAGAUCAUCGCCGUGGACCGCCACAGCUUCCCCCUCCACCCCCGCCUUGCCCCCCCGCCCUUCCUGCUCCGCUGCACGCAUGUCCGCCUCUCCCCCUUUCGCUUCCCCACGGCUCCCCCCACUGCUCUCGUGCCGUCGUGCCGCCUUGCUCUCUUGCUGUGCAGCGUCCCUUACUUGCGUCACCUCCCGCCUAUACCACACCUCUCUCCACGCCAUACCCCUCCACUCGGCCCUAUCCUGUCAACAUUCACAACCAGUCGUUCCAUUUCCCAGACACGUCUUGCUGCAUGCACUGCCUCUAAGGGCGCCUCGCCCAUACGGAGCAAGAGCAGCCAGCUCGUUCCUCUUCUCCGCCCUCAUUCCACCUUCCUCUCCAAACCUCUCUCUCACAGCCUCCCAAGCUCCUCUCCCCAAACUUGUGUUACGCCCAACCUCUCCAUGCAGCCCAAGCCUCCCUUCCCCAAGCCUCUGGACGUUCGGGAGCUACCGGAGCUGUGCCCUCUGGCUGUGUGGGAUGACGUGGAGCGCCAGCUGGCGGUGGAGCCGCAGGAAGACGCCAUGUGGCAGUACGACUGGAUGCCACGUGGCGCCCUGUCAGCCGUGACACCUGGCGGGCUGGGCAGCGUGCUGCAGCCAGCGUGGCACCCUCCCUGGGUGGAGGAAUGGGGAGAUGGGGUGUGGGGGGAGGUUGAGGGGGAGGGGAAGGGCAUAGAGGAAGGGGAGGGCGUGGGUGAGGAGGAGGGAGGGGCGGUGAGGCGACCAGAGCUGGUGGACGAGCUGUUCUUCCCCCCGGGCACGUAUCUUGAUCUCACCCGCCCGCCCCCCUCCGCCCUAGAGCUCGUCCGUGGCACCACUGCUGGCGCCGCCCACCCCCUCGCCCUCUCCUCCCACCCACCUCCACACACUGCUGUUGCUGGGGGUGCAGCGGAGUUGCAGCAUGGGGAGGGGCAGCAGGCGGGUGGGGGGAGAGGGGAGUCGGAUGAAGCGCUAGCGGCGCUGUUUGCGUACUUGGAGAGAGGGGCGGAAGGGGGUGGGGGAGGGGGAGCAGCGCAAGGAGAGAAGAGGGGCGUUGGGGACUCGUUGCUACUGCUGAGUGUGCCGCCCGGGUUCACUGAGGGCGGACGAUUCGAGGCCAGGGAGGAGAGGGACAUGCUGCCGCUCUCGCUGCUGCGCGCGCUGGCCACCCCCCCAAAGGAGGUCUCAGAGGUGCCUCCUGAGGAGGCGCAGGUUGCGGGCACUGGAGGGGCAGCAGGGAGCGGCGCUGCUGGUGUGGAGGGGGGAGAAGGGGGAGAGGGAGAGGCUGAAGGGGAGGCUGGGGGUGGGCAGGGGGGAGGAGAGGGGGAGAGCGGGAAGCUUGGGUUUGCAGAUGUGUUUCAAACGGCGUGGGGUGCUGGGGGGGAUGAAGAGGAGGAAGAGGAGGAGGACGAGGAGGAGGAUGGAGAGGAGGAGGAGGGAGAGAAAGAGGGAGAAGGGGAGGAAGGGAAGGGGGUGGUGGGAGGAGGAAUGGGCGCCGGAGAAAUGGUUUCCUCUGCAGCCACCGCACGGCCGUCACCACAGGGCAAGCGCGGUGAGAGGAAGAGCGGGGCGGCAGCAGCAGUGGAUGCGCUGCUGGGGGCGGGCAGGGGGGCGUUUGGCAGCCUCGAGUGGUGGACUGCUGGCUCGGGCCUGGGGCUGCUGGGGGCUGCGCCGUCUGCUUCCCGCCCUGCUGCUUCCAAGGAAGGCCAUGCAUGGGCGUGGGCAGUGACAGACGGCAUACCGGAUCUGGACCGAGAGUUCGCCACCAUCGAGCCCGACAUGGCCAUGACCUUCCCUUUCCAGCUCGACACCUUCCAGAAAGAGGCCAUAAUCCAUUUGGAGCGCCACGAGUCGGUGUUUGUGGCGGCGCACACCUCAGCGGGCAAGACAGUCGUGGCCGAAUACGCCUUCGCCCUCGCUGCCAAGUGCACCAUGCUCCCCAUGCCCGAGUGCACCAUGCUCCCCAUGCCCAAGUGCACCAUGCUCCCCAUGCCCAAGUGCACCAUGCUCCCCAUGCCCGAGUGCACCAUGCUCCCCAUGCCCGAUGCACCAUGCUCCCCAUGGCUUAACCUUUCAUUUCUUCACUCGUCCCCUCACUCGAAUGCCAUCAACAAUUACACCCCCCCCUGCAAUCACCUAAAUUCCUUCCUCCCCACCUCCCUCCCCUCGCCCCCCCGCCACCAGCACUGCACGCGGGCAGUGUACACGUCGCCCAUCAAGGCCAUCAGCAACCAGAAGUUCCGUGACUUCAGCAAGCGGUUCGACGUGGGGCUGCUGACGGGCGACCUUAGUGUGCGCCCCGAGGCCGCCUGCCUCAUCAUGACCACCGAGAUCCUGCGCUCCAUGCUUUAUCGGGCUGCUGACAUCAUCAAAGACAUCGAAUGGACCACAGAGAUCAUGCGCUCCAUGCUGUACCGCGCUGCUGACAUCAUUAAGGACAUUGAAUGGGUGGUGUUUGACGAGGUGCACUAUGUGGUGUUUGACGAGGUGCACUAUGUGAACGACAUGGAGCGCGGGGUGGUGUGGGAGGAGGUUAUCAUCAUGCUGCCUCCCCACGUGGGCCUCAUCAUGCUCUCCGCCACUGUACCCAACACCACAGAGUUUGCGGAUUGGAUCGGCAGAACCAAGAGGAAGAAGAUUUUCGUCACAGGCACCACGCGUCGCCCAGUGCCCUUGGAGCACAACAUCUACUACGGCGGGCGCCUGCACCGCAUCUUUGACCGCGGGGACAUCGACAGCGCUGCUCUGCGCGCCGUGCACGCCGCACACAAGGCCAAGCACGCCCCCCCCGCGCAGCAGGCUGGAGGAGCCGGGCGAGGGGGUGGAGGGAGAGGAGGAGGGGGAGCAGGCGGGCAUGGGGGACAGCAGGGGAGAGGCGGGCAGGCGGGGCGGGGCGGCAGAGGAGGGGGAGGAGGGAGAGGGGGAGGGGGAGGAGGAGGAGGGGGAGGGGGGAGAGGGCGUGGGGCAGGGAUGGCAGCGGCGGGGAGGGCGAUAGCGGCGGCGAUGGGGGGAGGGGGAGGGGAUCGGUACCGGCGGUCGAUGGCGACUGAGUGGAUGCAGUUUGUCAACCUGCUCGGCAAACAGGAGCUGCUUCCUGUGGUGGUGUUCUGCUUCUCCAAGCGGCGUUGUGACGAGUCAGCGGACAGUCUGACCUCAGUGGACCUCACGUCAAAGAGUGACAAGAGCGCCAUCGUCAUGUUCUGUAACUCCGCCUUCGCACGCCUUAAGGGCUCUGAUAGGCAUCUGCCACAGGUGGAGCGCAUAUCGGAGCUGCUGCGGAGGGGCAUCGGGGUGCACCAUGCAGGGCUGCUGCCCAUCGUGAAGGAGGUCGUGGAGAUGCUCUUCUGCUCUGGCCUCAUCCGCGUGCUCUUCUCCACGGAGACAUUUGCCAUGGGCGUCAAUGCCCCUGCCCGCACUGUGAGUUUUGAGGCACCUCAAAAGGCGUCAAUGCCCCUGCCCGCUACGUGA